AUGGGAAGUAACUUCUUUCCACCUCCAUUGAAGCGCCCAAUUUCCGGGUUACCCGACCCGAUUCCGAACGGAUCUUCCAAGCGCCCAAAGCCAUCCAAACGUCAACAACCACUAUCUGUUUCUCCCGGACAAGUGACAUUCCGUCUUCUAUGCAACUCCUCCCGCAUCGGCGGCGUCAUUGGUAAGUCCGGCUCGGUAAUCAAAACCCUCCAGCAGUCAACGAGCUCCAAGAUCCGAAUUGAGGAUUCUCCGAAUGAGUCACCGGACCGAGUCAUCACUGUCAUUGCCUCCGGUGUUCCGGACGGCAAAGUUAUAUUGGGCGGCGAGGCAAUUGAUGUUUCGAAUGCUCAAGAAGCAUUGCUGAGAGUGUUUGAUAGGAUUCUGGAAGUUGCGGCGGAGAUGGAAGGUGUUGAGCUUGGGGAUAGGAUUGUGUCUUGCAGGUUAGUUGCUGAUGCGGCGGAAGCGAGCUCUGUUAUUGGGAAGGGAGGGAACGUGGUGGAGAAGAUUAAAAAAGACACUGGGUGCAAAAUUAGGGUUUGUAGGGAUAAUUUACCAGCUUGUAUAUCCUCUCCCGAUGAAGUUAUUGAGAUAGAAGGCAGCGUGUCAUCCUUAAAGAAGGCACUUGUUGCGGUCUCUCAUCGUCUUCAAGAUGGUCAUCAUGCUGAUAGAACAGAGAUGGUCUCUCAUCGUCUUCAAGAUGGUCAUCAUACUGAUAGAACAAAGGUGACAGGACAAAAUCCUCAUGAAGCUUUAGUUGGAGUUCCUCGUGAGACUUUAAAUUCAGCUCCACAUGAUACUUUUAUUGGAGCUCCACGUGAGACUUUAAUUGCAGCUCCAUGCGAGACAUUAACUGAUCUGCAUGAGGAUCAUCUUCUGCAAAGAGGCUCAUCACUCCCUACUUUACAUAAUUGCUCUAGCAGCUAUGCCACUGGAGUUCAUUCCUUGUCGGCAGAAGUUAAUAGAGUCUCAUCCCUAGAACCAAAAGCACAUCAGCAAGAAAUCAACUUCAAAAUUAUUUGUUCCAAUGAUAGAGUUGGAGGUAUCAUAGGAAAGGGUGGGAACAUAAUUAAAGCCCUUCAAAGUGAGACAGGGGCCACUAUAAGUGUGAGUCCUUCAGUAGCUAAAUGUGAGGAUCGAUUAAUUACUAUUACGGCUUCAGAGAGUCCCGGGUCAAGAUAUUCCCCAGCACAAAAGGCGGCGGUGCUUGUUUUCUCCAGGUCUGUUGAGGCUGGUAUUGAGAAAGGGAUAGAUCCUGGAUUGAAUACAGGUUUAUCUGUGACUGCACAGCUUGUAGUCCCAUCAAACCAAGUCGGUUGUUUGUUAGGAAAAGGCGGAGCGGUAGUGUCAGAAAUGAGGAGGACAACAGGAGCUAGCAUUCGAAUAAUCGGAACCGAUCAGGUUUCUAAAUGUGUGUCAGAUGAUGAUCAAGUUGUACAGAUAUCAGGUGAAUUUUCAAACGUGCAAGAUGCAUUAUAUAAUGCAACUGGUAGACUGCGAGAUAAUCUUUUUGGUGAUACACAGAAUAGUGCUGGAACAAGGAGCCUUUCCUCUGUACAAGCUGAUACUAGUCCCUAUGGAAGACUAAGAGAUAUUCCUCUUGGAGGUCAAUCCUCUUUACGAGCUGAUACCGGUCCAUAUGUAAGACUGAAAAGUAUUCCUUUUGUAGGCCAAUCCUCUUUACAAGCUGAUACCAGUCCCUAUGUAAGACUCAGAGAUGUUCCUCUUGGAGGCCAAUCCUCUUUACAAGCUGAUAUCAGUCCCUAUGUAAGACUGAGAGAUGUCCCUCUUGGAGGCCAAUCCUCUUUACAAGGUGAUACCAGUCCUUAUGGGAGACUGAGAGAUGUUCCUUUUGGAGGCCAGUCCUCUUUACUAGCUGAUACCAGUCCCUAUGGGAGACUGAGAGAUGUUCCUCUUGGGGGCCAGUCCUCUUUACAAGCUGAUACCAGUCCGUAUGAGAGACUGAGAGAUCUUCCUCUUGGAGGCCAAUCCUCUUCACAAGCUGAUACCAGUCCUUAUGGGAGACUGAGAGAUGUUCCUCUUGUAGGCCAAUCAGCUGCAGGCAUUUCUCAUAGUCGGACUAGGCACACUUUUUCUCAGGGCAUUGAUCAUUUUGCUCUUAGUCGAACUUAUGAUCGUCCCUCUUCCCCAGGCUUAUGGGCACCAUCGGGAGUAGCUGGGAUCAAUUCAAGAAGCAUUAAUGAAGCUAGUUGGGGAUUGACAUCUCGAAAAGGAGGCAUAGAACUUGUCAGUGGAAGUAAAUCUGCUAUUGUAACUAAUACAACUAUAGAAAUUGUGGUUCCUGAGGAUACUCUAUACCUUGUAUACGGGGAAAAUGGUAGCAAUCUGGCUCGUCUGAGACAGAUUUCAGGUGCUAAGGUUGUUAUCCAUGAGCCUCAUCCUGGAACAAGUGACAGGACUAUUGUUUUAUCCGGUUCACCUGAUGAAACUCAAGCAGCGCAGAACCUUCUCCAAGCAUUUAUUCUUGAUGGAUCAUCGUAA